ACAACGCGGCGGGCGACCUGCACGCUCCGAGGCACCGAGUACACGUCCCCCACCCGCAAACGCGGCCGGCACGCAUCGCCUGAGGCCGAGCGGAUUGAUAGUACUAGCUCCCAUAUACUGGACUGCCGCGCUGAAACGGCGAGCUCUGGCGUGCGGCUGGUGCCAAGAAAUAGCUCUCAAAAAGCAAUGCCUCGAAUCCACAGCCUCGUCGCGGCCGCAUGCGUUCUAAGAGCGCACGCCCUCCACCCGUUACAAACCUUUCCGGUCGGCCGCCCACUUUUGCCGCUGGACACCAUUAGUUACGGCAUGGAGGCAGCCGCGUUCGAGGCGCUGACCGAGCACACCACUGACGAGAGGAGUCCCAUGGUAGUAGGGCUCCAAGCGAGAGGAACGGACGUCGGCACGCUGUGCAUUCUUGAUGCUUCGCGGGCGACCGAAGAGUUCGGGCGGAUGAGGGUACCCGCGGCGGCCGUCGGCCGCUACCGGCGCGUCGCCGAGAACCAGGUCGUGCCGCUCCGCGACACCCCUAGAAAGGGCGACGCGAAGCGCGAGGCCGCGGCGACGGACGCCUGGCUGGCCCGGAGUUUAGAUGAGGCGGUUCGACAAAUGGGCGCCAAGCCGUCACAGGCUCUCAAAGAGCUCCAGGACGCCGAGCGCGACAGCGUAUUACGGUUCGGGCCGGAGAAUCCCAGGGCCGCCCUGGAGGCGUCCGUGCUUCGGCUUCCGCGCGCGUUCGCGGAUUUCGCAGCAGCGCGACGCGAGCUCCACGCGUUCGCGCUGGCGCGGGCGUCCGGCGCGCUCGACGCCUCCGAGGCGAGGCGUAUCCUGGAAGGCGCGUCGACGGGCGCGCGGCUCGACGACGCGCGGGAACGGUUCUCCCGCGUCUAUGUGCCUAACUAGUUGUUGUUCAAAA